AUGACUGGAAAGAUAAGAAUUGCUAUAGACAGAGGUGGAACCUUCACAGAUUGUAUUGGGAACCCAGGAACAGGGAAUCAAGAGGACGAUGUCAUCAUCAAGCUCUUAUCAGUGGAUCCAAACAACUAUCCAGAUGCUCCAUUGGAAGGUAUCAGAAGGCUAAUGGAGAUUUUCACAAAGAAAACCAUUCCAAGGGGUGAGCCAUUGGACACUUCUCAAGUUGAAAGUAUCAGAAUGGGUACUACUGUUGCUACAAAUGCUCUUUUGGAAAGAAAAGGUGAAAGAUGUGCUUUGAUCACUACAAAAGGGUUCAAAGAUUGUUUAGUAAUUGGUGAUCAAACCAGACCAAAGAUCUUUGACUUGAAAAUUAAGAAACCUGAAGUGCUUUAUGAAACAGUGGUGGAGGUUGAUGAAAGAGUUACACUAGAAGAUUAUGCUGAAGAUGCUCAAAAUGUUAAAACAAAACCUAAUGGUGAAGAUCUUGUUACUGGUACCUCGGGUGAGACUGUUAGAAUCCUAAAGAAACCAGACUUGGAAUCAAUAACAUCUACUUUAUCAUUGUUAUAUGCUUCCGGUAUCAGAUCAAUUGGUGUUGCAUUAUUACACUCAUACACUUUCCCAGAUCACGAAAAAUUGAUUGGGCAAAUUGCUGAAAAGAUUGGUUUCACUCAUAUUUCAUUAUCCUCUGAAUUGAUUCCAAUGAUUAAACUAAUUCCAAGAGCUAAUAGUUCAAUUGCAGAUGCAUACUUAACUCCUGAGAUCAAGAAAUAUUUAGACGGUUUCACUUCAGGUUUACAAGAACAAAACAGGGCUAAAAUAGAAUUUAUGAAAUCAGAUGGUGGGUUAGUUGAUGCUUCCAAAUUUUCUGGUCUUCGAGCAAUCUUAUCAGGUCCUGCAGGUGGUGUUGUUGGUUAUUCUUCAACUUGUUAUGACACAAAGAGAAAAUUUAAUUUAAUCGGUUUUGAUAUGGGUGGUACUUCAACUGAUGUUUCAAGAUAUGGUGGUCAAUUUGAGCAUGUUUUCGAAACAACAACCGCGGGUGUCACUAUUCAGUCUCCACAAUUGGAUAUUAAUACAGUUGCUGCAGGUGGUGGGUCAAGAUUAUUUUGGGUUAAUGGAUUGUUUAAAGUUGGACCAGAAAGUGCUUCAUCUCAUCCAGGUCCUGCUUGUUAUAGAAAAGGUGGUCCAUUAACUGUCACUGAUGCAAAUCUGCUAUUGGGUAGAUUAUUACCUGAAUAUUUCCCAAAGAUCUUUGGUCCAAAUGAAGAUGAAUCACUAGAUGAAAAAGUCACAUUAUCAAAAUUCCAAGAACUUGCUGAUCAAAUUAAUAAAGAAAACAAUGGUAAUUUAACUGUUGAUGAAAUAGCUUAUGGGUUCAUUAAAGUUGCAAAUGAAACUAUGGCUAGACCAAUCAGACAAUUAACUGAAGCUAAAGGUCACGUGGUUUCCCAACAUCGUUUAGUCACUUUUGGUGGUGCUGGUGGUCAGCAUGCAGUUGCAGUUGCAGAAUCUUUAGGUAUUGAUACUGUUUUGGCUCAUAGAUAUUCCUCAGUUUUAUCUGCAUAUGGUAUUGCUUUAGCUGAUGUUGUGGAGGAAAAUCAAGAACCUUCUUCAGUUGUAUUGAACAAGGAGAAUGAAGCUCAUAUUGAAGAAAGAUUUAACCAUUUGAUGAAGACUUCCAAGGAAAAAUUAAUUGAACAUGGGUUCAAAGAAGAUCAAAUCAAAUUUGAGAAAUUCUUAAACUUGAGAUAUCAAGGUACUGAAUCUUCCUUAAUGAUUAGUCAAGGUGAAUCAAAAUUUGAUUUUGAAGAAAAGUUCUUAGCAUUACACAAGAGAGAGUUUGGAUUUUUAUUUGAGGAUAAAUCUAUCUUGAUUGAUGAUAUUAGAGUUAGGGCUGUGGGUAGUACUUCACAAGAUUCAAGUGAAUCUGUUGAUGAUGAAUUAUUACAAACAACAAUCACUGAAAUUGAUGAUUCAAAAGUUAAAUUCCAUAAACAAGUUUAUUUUGAAGGUGGUCGUUUCAAAACUCCAAUUUAUAGAAUUGAAGAUUUAACAAUUGGUAAUAAGAUUAAUGGUCCUGCAAUCUUGGCAGAUGGUACACAAACCAAUGUUAUCCCUCCAAAUGCUUCAGCUACCAUUUUGAAAGCUCAUGUUUUCAUUAAAAUCCAUUCAAAACAAGAAACUUUAAUUUCUCAAGGUAAACAAGUUGAUCCAAUAUUGUUAUCAAUCUUUGGUCAUAGAUUUAUGGAUAUUGCAGAACAAAUGGGUAAUCAAUUAAGAAAAACAUCAGUUUCUACAAAUGUUAAAGAAAGAUUGGAUUUUUCAUGUGCUUUAUUUGAUCCGGAAGGUAAUUUGGUUGCCAACGCGCCUCAUGUCCCAGUUCAUUUAGGUUCAAUGUCCACUGCUAUUAGGGCACAAGCUAAAAUAUGGAAAGAUAAAUUAAAACCUGGUGAUUCUAUUGUUUCAAAUCAUCCUUUAGCUGGUGGUACACAUUUACCAGAUAUCACUGUUAUCACACCUGCUUUCAAAGAUGGUGAGAUUAUUUUCUAUACGGCAUCAAGAUCUCAUCAUGCUGAUAUUGGUGGUAUCUUACCAGGUUCAAUGCCUCCAAAUUCCAAAGAAUUGUAUGAAGAAGGUGCUGCCAUUUAUUCAGAACUGAUUGUUAGUGAAGGUAAAUUUGAAGAGGAAAAAAUCACAAAGAUUUUGUUACAUGAUCCGGCUCAAUAUGAAGGAUGUUCAGGUACAAGAAGAUUAAGUGAUAAUUUAAGUGAUUUGAAAGCUCAAAUUUCUGCUAAUCAAAAAGGUAUUAAUUUAAUUGAAAGAUUAGUUUCAGAAUUUUCAUUAGAUGUUAUUAUUCUAUAUAUGAAUGCAAUUCAAGAUAAUGCUGCAUCAACUGUUCAGAAAAAACUUGUUGAAAUUACUAAAAAUUUGGGUUCAACAGAAUUUGAAAGUGAAGAUUUUAUGGAUGAAGGUUCCAAAAUUAAAUUGAAAAUUAAGAUUACACCAGAGGAAAACAUUUUUGAUUUUACAGGUACUUCUCCACAAAUGUAUGGUAAUUUAAAUGCACCAGAAGCUAUCACAAACUCUGCAUUAAUUUAUUGUUUAAGAUGUCUUGUUGAUCAAGAUAUCCCAUUGAAUCAAGGUUGUUUACGUCCAGCUAAAAUAAUCAUUCCAAAAGGUUCAAUCUUAUCUCCAUUAGAAGGUGCUGCAGUUGUUGGUGGUAAUGUUAUGACUUCACAAAGGGUUACUGAUGUCAUUUUGAAAGCUUUUAAAGUUAUGGCUGAUUCUCAAGGUGAUUGUAACAAUUUAACAUUUGGUACUGGUGGCCAUGAUGGUAAAGGUGGUUAUACACAAGGGUUUGGUUAUUAUGAAACUAUUGGUGGUGGACAUGGUGCAGGUGAUGGAUGGAAUGGUGUUAGUGGUGUUCACACAAAUAUGACAAAUACUCGUAUGACAGAUGUUGAAGUUUUGGAGAAGAGAUAUCCAGUCAUUUUGAGAGAAUACUCAAUUAGAUUAGGAUCUGGUGGUGAUGGUAAAUUUAAAGGUGGUGAUGGUGUUAUUAGAGAUUUAGAAUUUAGAUAUCCUGUCAAGGCUUCAAUCUUGAGUGAACGUCGUGUAAACCAACCAAGAGGUAUUGAAGGUGGUGAAAAUGCUGAAAGAGGGUUGAACUUGUGGAUCAAGGCAAAGAAUGGACAGGUUGUUAAUAUUGGUGGUCGUAAUACAGUACAAACUGAAGUUGGUGACAGAGUUAUUAUCAUGACUCCAGGUGGUGGUGGUUAUGGUAAAGUUGAAGCUUAG